AUGGCAAAUACGCUCGAAACACGGUUAUAUAACACACUUAAACGAAAUCCUAAUUCAAAAACGGUCAAAGAAUUGAUUGAGCAAGGUGUCGAUUGUAAUUUAUCCCAUUUUGAUCCUGAUACUCGCUCUAUUAUAUUUCCUAUCCAAUUGGCUUCAAAAACAAAUCGGCAUGAUACACUUUGUCUUCUUUAUGAACAUCGUAAUAGGCCAACAAAACUACAACUCGAAAGACAUUUAACAUUUUAUAUCAAUCAUUAUGAUCAAACACAAGAAAAGAAAAAUGAAAUACUUUUUGAUUAUAUUAUAAGUCGUCUUCUUUAUGGUCGUAUUAUUCAAUAUCCUAAAAAUGUCUUCGAUACUUUAAUUGCUGCUCUUCACGAUUAUGAUAAUGCUACACAUCGUGGAGAAUGUGUGAGCAAGGGAUCUUUACCAGAAAUAUUUCUUCAGCUUCGUAUUUACACUCUCUUUCGAGUAAUUAUCGACAUAAACAUCAAUUCUGAUAAUGAUAUGUUCACAAUUAUUGAAAACGAACUUUUACAUAAUUUGGAAACAUUUUAUUUUCUCAUCGGUAUAUCUUCUAUGCCAGUAGUAAUACCUGAACGAAUAAUUAAUGACAAAUUUUCUGAAAUACGUUCAUCACAACGAUUAUUGAUCAAAUAUUAUAAAUGUAUUGCAAAAAAUGUCAUAUAUAAAAUCGAACAACUGGAAAUCAAUCAAGAAUAUACUAUUCCGACUGGAUGGGAAAGUCAUGCUGUUUGUGUUUCAUUUCAACGUAUUAGUCAAACACAUAUAGUUAUUCGAAUUGACAAUCCCAGUGGUUGUCAUCUACCAGAUGAACAUGAAAUUUGUCAAUCAACGAUUAGUUAUAAUCGAAUCGAACCGAAAAUACUUGGCCAAUUGCAUGUAGAUAAUUUACAAAAGAAUGUCGAUUACUUUAUUUUACUGAUUGAUAGUGUUAAACGAAAAUUGACAUGUGAAGAAGGUAGAUCAUUGAUCUAUAAUCUUAAUACGCAAAUUCAUCAUCUUGAGAAAAUAUCAACUGAGAAUAUACUCAGUUUUGAAAAACAAGCUGAUUGGAAUUGUUUCUUCAAAUGCUUUGAACCUGGUAUGCGAAUACGUCUUGGUAGAAAACAUCAGGAAAUUUAUCAACAUUGUCUAUUAUGUGAAAAAAACAAUGCAAAUUUACUUGCAAAACGUUGUGAAGAAGAAGAUCAGCAUUAUCUUUACGAACUUUUUCAUCAAUUUGUUUCAUUAUCCAAAGAAGAGGAUAUAACUGCUAUACCCAUUACAGAGAAAAUGCGUUUUCAAAAUAAACUCAAAACAAGUUACAAACAACAUUAUAAACAUAUCAUGAGCAAUAUUAACAUAGAAAUUGGUCAUCUUUUAAAUGAUAUAUAUAUUCCUUUACGAUUCGAAAAUAAUAAUAUAUCAAUAGAACUCAAAAAUCUUUUCAUCAAAUCUCGUAUACUCAUGCUUGGUGAAGCUGGAUGUGGUAAAACGACAGUUUGUCAAUAUAUAACAUAUUCAUGGGCUAUUGGAAAAUUAUGGAGAAACCAAUUCGAAUGGAUAUUCUAUAUUAAAAUACGAAAUUUAAUUUCUGAAUUCUUUCCAAAACAACCUAAUAAUUAUUCCUUAAUUAAUAUUAUUGAGAGAGAAUGUUUUCAAGGAUCUAAACUUCAUAAUUUAGACAAACAAAAAUUAACAAAUAUGCUUGAAAAUUCAUCAAAUAUUCUCUGGAUUCUUGACGGAUGCGAUGAACGAAUGAUUCCAAGACAUUUACUUUCGAUCGAAAGGGAAUUAUUAGAGAAACCAAAUCUUCUUUUAACAUCUCGACCAUAUGCAAUACAUAAUUUUAAAAACGUUGCUCAAGUACAGGUUCAAAAUUUUACAGAUCAAGAUAUUGAAAAAUAUAUAUACAAUUAUUUUUCAUUAACUCUUCGAACUAGAGGCAACAAAUGUUGGUUAUUUAUUCGUUCUUCUGAACAAUUGCUACGAACAGCACGUAUUCCUGCGUGCCUUGAAAUUAUUUGUAAUUUAUGGGAGAAUGGCACGGUAAGAUUAGAUUCUGACAUGAUGAUGGGACAACUUUAUCAAAAAAUGUGUAAUUAUCUCUUACGACGAUAUCUGUUGAAAUAUCAUCGUCUAUGUAAAGCUGCUCUAGCUAGAAGAGAUAUUUAUCAAGAACCCAAAGCCAGAGCCUUUGCUCAUUUAGAAUAUCUCGCAUUUCAAGCUACAAAAUCACAUCAAUUUACAAUCAGUGGAGAAGAAAUAACCAAUGUUGCAAAUUCAUUAUUCCUCUCUGUACUUCAAAUUGGUUUACUUAUACCUGAAACACAAAAUUCUUCUCCAUUUACUAAAAAAAUCUAUUAUUUUAUUCAUCGUAGUUUUCAAGAAUAUCUUUGUGCUUGUUAUAUAAUCAAGACAUUAGAAUCAUCCAAUUCAAAUGAGCUAAAGAGAGAAGUAAUUCAAUUUAUAACUUAUGAAAAAUAUAAUCGUCAUACACGAGAAACAUUUCGUUUAUUCUUCGAGUCGGAACGCUCCAAUUUGUGUACCGAACAAUUUUGGUCAGCUAUUGACAGUGAACCACGAGAUCUUAUUGGUCUUCGACAUUGUUCUCGUAUUGCUCAAUGGUUUCCUAAUGGAAGCUGUAUAUUUCCUCGUGAAGACAUACAAGAGAUUAAUCGAAGGACGAUCGAUGCGAUACUAGGAUGGAUAUCGAACCGAGAUCGUCGAGCUCAUGAUUUUGGUAAUACAUACAUAUUCGAGUGGUUUGCUGAUGCAAUUAAUCAUUAUAAUUGGUUGUCAGCUUGGAGAGAUGAUCUUUUCAUAGAAUCUUCAUUAGGUCGACGGUAUUUCCUACCUGACUUAUGGUCGAUAGAGAACAUCAAUACUCUUAAAAAAAUCUAUGAUACAAUUCCAAAAAAUGUGUAUGCAUUACAUCGUCUUAUCACGACAGGACCUACUGUAAUUAGUCUCAAACGCUUGCUUCUUGACCCUAAUCUAUUCAUUUUAAAUACAGUUGAUCAUUCAGCUGAAACAUCAGAAUUUAUAAUAGAAGCGCAAAAACAAGCUAAAAGACGCGAAGCAGUUACUACUCUCGCAGAAUUUCAAGUACUUUUACAAAAUUAUACAUCUUUCGCCAACCUAAAUCAUCAAUUAGCGACGAUUGGUAAAGAAAUAUGGAAAUUAGAAAUAGCUCCAUCUGCAUUGGAAAAUAUCGAUAAAGAAACGUUAGAUCUUCUCUCACAAUUAUUACAACAGAAUAUACUCUUUUUCCGUGACUUUAAAUUGCCUGUGAUCCCUUUUCUCAAGCUCUAUGCUAAUCAAAAUGACUUAGAUGAUGAUAUUCUUUGUUCAUGCAUCGUUUUGAUUACUAUGUCAAGUGAUUGCCUUCUCACAGCGUCGCCUGAUCAAAAUAAGCUAUUUCAAGUUGAUGAAAAAGAAACAUUUACUGAUAUUACACUGGAUCAACAACGUUGGCUCAGACUUCUUAAAACAUUCGAUCAUGCUCGUCAUAUCUAUGGAUAUUCUACUUUUUUUGAACAAGAUAAUUAG